AUGGACAAAGCAUCUACAAGAGUUGAAAUAAUUGAUACUUUACAAAGCUCCCACGUACAAGGACUAAAAGCUAUCCAAAGUGCCUCGAAACAAGCUGGAAAACGAGUACGCAGAAUCCUUGAUUCAGAAAGCGGAUAUAAUAGUGGAGAGGUGGAUAAUGACGAAGAAGACGAAGACGAAAAGCAUACAUCAACAUGUAACGAAUUGGAUGAUAUGGAUAAGUUGAUCAAGUCGUUUCUACGUUAUGUAUUAAUCUCUUCUAUACUAAAUUAG